ACUUAAACCAAUGCAUUCGCUCGAGCGGAGUCGUCCUGUCUGUUGACAGAGUACGAGCGUAGCAAAUAAGAUUAAAACCCACUUUUUAAGUCCUGGACUAAUUUGUUCGAAAACGUUAUAGCUACUCUCAGAGGCUUUUGGCGUUGUCUUUGUGUGGCUAACGUUCUAUGUUUGGUAUCAGAGUGGAGUAGUGUGUCCACACGGAAAGAGGAGGAUUCAUUCUAUUCAACCUGGGCCCCCUUCAUGCAAGUCAGGUGUACCUUCUCAAGGCCACUGCUGCAAGGGUCAUAUAUACUCAUGGAAACACUGCCGGAGGCACCAUAGGGGUGCAGUGGAUAACCAAGCUUUGAGAAUGACCUGAAGACAAGUUAAAACACAAUAAUCUCCCAAAGAACUAUUGAGGACUAGAAUGUUCAUUAAUUGUUGUUUAGCUUUUUUGGCUUUUUUUGUUUGCUCCGUUAAUAUAUUCUCGGAAAACCUGAGGAGUAACUAAUUGGUGGAACUCUAACCUGCCCGAACAAGUUAUUCACAGCCGUGUUGAUUUAAAAUAAUAUAUAUACCACCAACAACAACAAGAAACACCCGUGAAAAGUCUCUACGAUGGCCGCAGAAGGAUAUCAGUACAGGGCACUUUAUGAUUACAAGAAGGAGCGAGAGGAGGACAUUGACCUCCAUGUGGGGGACAUCUUAACAGUGACCAAAGGGACCCUGGUGGCCCUAGGGUACAGCGACGGCCUGGAGGAAAGGCCAGAGGACAUUGGCUGGCUGCCUGGCUUUAAUGAAACCACUCAGGAAAAGGGAGACUUUCCAGGGACAUAUGUGGAGUUCAUUGGGAAGAAGAGGAUCUCUCCUCCUACUCCCAAGCCGAGACCCCCCAGACCCUUACCCGUGGCCCCGGGCUCCUCCAAGGCUGACUCUGGUGAUGAACUAGGCUCCACCCUCCUGGACCUGACAGAGCAGUUUGCCCUCCCAGAGACGGCUCCUCCCAUGCUGGCCAGGCUGCUGGAGGCCAUCGAGAAGAAAGGUCUGGACAACCCAACACUGUACAGGACCUUCACAGCUGAUGGUGGACUGGAUGUUAGACAGUGCUUUGACACUGAUCCUCCGUCAGCAGACCUGGACCAGAUGGACCUGCAGAUGCUGUGUGACGGUCUACGCCGGUACCUGCAGGAUCUUCCCCAGCCUGUCAUCCCACCGGCCAUCUACACUCAGCUGGUCCACACCGCCCAAGAGGUGCAGAGCCCCAAGGAGUGUGCCCAGCUGCUGCGUCGCAUCGCCAGCACGCCUAGCCUGCCAGCCCAGUACUGGCUCACCUUCCACUGCCUGCUGCGCCACUGGUCCCGGGUGUGCCACAACGCGCCCAAGAACCUGCUCAGCUCCCACGCCCUGGGCGAGAUCUUCAGCCCCAUGCUCUUCAGACAGCAGGCUGCCAGCUGCGAGCCCAGCCCGGAUGCUCAUAUCAAGAUCAUUGAGACCCUUGUGACUAGCGAAUGGACAGAAGCACAGGCGGCUCCAGCCCUACCUCCCAAGCCACCAAAACCCACUCCCCCUGCUGUCACUAACAACGGUAUGAACAACAACAUGGCGCUGCAGGACGCUGAGUGGUACUGGGGAGACAUCUCCCGCGAGGAGGUCAACGAGAAACUGAGGGACACGGCCGACGGUACGUUCUUGGUCCGUGACGCCUCCACCAAGAUGCACGGCGACUACACGCUCACGUUGAGAAAAGGGGGUAACAAUAAGCUGAUCAAGAUAUUCCACCGGGAUGGGAAAUACGGCUUCUCUGACCCCCUGACCUUCAACUCGGUGGUGGAGCUCAUCAACCACUACCGUAACGAGUCCCUGGCCCAGUACAACCCCAAGCUAGACGUGAAGCUGCAGUUUCCCGUCUCCAAACACCAGCAGGAUCAGGUGGUGAAGGAGGACAAUAUUGAUGCUGUGGGGAAGAAGCUCCAUGAGUACCAUCAGCAGUACCAGGAGAAGAAUCGAGAGUAUGACCGACUCUACGAGGAGUACACCAGGACGUCCCAGGAAAUCCAAAUGAAAAGGACAGCGAUCGAAGCCUUCAAUGAAACCAUCAAGAUAUUCGAGGAGCAAUGCCAAACGCAAGAGCGGUACAGCAAGGAGUACAUUGAGAAGUUCAGGAGGGAAGGCAAUGACAAGGAGAUCCAGAGGAUCAUGGGCAACUAUGAGAAGCUGAAGUCUCGUAUCAGUGAGAUCGUGGACAGCAAACGGCGUCUGGAGGAGGACUUAAAGAAGCAGGCUGCUGACUACCGAGAGAUCGACAAACGGAUGAACAGCAUCAAACCCGACCUCAUCCAGCUCCGCAAGACCAGGGAUCAGUACCUCACGUGGUUGACCCAGAAGGGAGUCAGGCAGAAGAAGCUCAACGAGUGGCUAGACAUCAGAAACGAGAACACAGAAGAUCAAUACUCUAUGGUGGAUGACGAUGAGGACCUUCCCCACCACGACGAGCGUUCCUGGAAGCUGGGCAACAUCAACCGGCUUCAGGCUGAGGCCCUCCUCCGAGGGAAGAGGGACGGAACAUUCCUGGUUCGAGACAGCAGCAAGGCAGGGUGCUACGCCUGCAGUGUUGUGGUGGAAGGUGAAGUGAAGCACUGUGUCAUCAACAAGACGCCCUCAGGGUUCGGCUUCGCUGAGCCUUACAACCUGUACAGCUCGCUCAAAGAACUGGUCCUCCACUACCAGCACACGUCACUGGUCCAGCACAAUGACUCUCUGAAUGUGACACUAGCGCACCCCGUCUACGCACAGCAGAGGCGGUGAGGACCUUACCGGCCAUUCAGUCGGACAGAAACAUCUACUCAGACUUUGUCCUCAAGGAUUUUAAAAAGCUAGGAUGUGUCUUGCCUACUAACAUAUACAUACUUUUUAUCCACAAGAGAGGAAAGGACUAAAGACAACCGCAAAACGAAGCCUGAAAACAUUUCAGCAACUGUGAACUGACUGUGAGCAGUGGCGAGAGCCUGAAUGUAGUCUUGUUACUCUCGUGCUUAUUGUGGGAGCACAGAGUCAAGGCGAAACUGCUGAACUCUCUCCCUGAGUGGAGGACAUUGGAGGCCUUUUCCUAAUGGUGCUUGUUAUUUUCAAAGCUUUACCAGCUGGAAUGUCAAAACGCAGAUAAAACUCGAGUGCAUAUUUUUUUUUCUUCUACCGUUCCACCUCUUUUCCCCAUUUGUUUUUACUGUGUGUAUGUGUCUGAGAGUGUUUGAGAGUUAGUGGGUGUGUCCUUGUGACUAAAACUAACAGUAUCUGAAAGGUGUUGGGGGUGUCUAACACACCUGUGUGUUUAAGUGUUCAGUGACAGACCGUGGAUCAACUGAUAAAUGUAGCAAAAUGGCACUUUUGACAAAGUAUAAUCUUUUUAUUGAAAAAGACUCCUAUGGACUUGUUGAAUCAAAGUAGCAAAGGAGAUGACAAGGUGGCAAGAAUUCCGGACUUUUCCCUUGCUAACCAGUGCAGAGACUCAACUGUUCUCUACUGUGGAUGAGUGAAAAUAUGAACGAACUUGAAAUGGAAAUACUUAAUUAUGUAUAUAUACAGAGGAGAAUGUCAGUACAAAGCGAUGAAAACCUACCAUACCAAAAAAGCUCAGUUCCUUUUCAGUUAUAUCCUAAUAUUCUAUGCAAUUCUGUGUCUCCCUUAUUCCUGCAAAGUUGUUUUUAUUCUUUUGCAAACCCAUAAUAUAAGCUUGUUUUUAUUGCUUGAAAAAGUGUAUUUUUCCCAUGUAAAUAUCCAAGAGGAUAUUUUGUGUCAAAAUGCCAAGAUAAAAACUGCUUCAUAUUUUAAGAAAGUAAAUAAUAGUAACAUACUUUAUUACAAAUUUUUAUCAGCAACUGAUAAAAUAGGAGUGUUUUAUUAGUACUUUUUCGCUUCAAACUGAUAUUCCUCUCAGGCUGAGAGCCUUUUGAGUAUUUGACAGCUGCUUCAGUCACAAUAAAUAUUUCUAACAGAAUCACAUGUUCUAGAUCUUAGUCGAAAAACAAACAAUGGUAGCAUCCCAUAGCAUCCAAAGUGGCAGCCUAUUCCUUAUAGGAUACAGGGACUAGGGUGCCAUUUGAGACGUAGCCUAUGACUCUUAAGUAUGAGCACUCUUAGCAUGGAAUAAUGGGAAUAUGUGUUGAUUACUGCAAUCGUAAUGGUGCAUGUUGUACUCAACAUUUCAACCAUCGCCAUGGAAACAACAGUAUAGAUUUAUUUUGUUAUAUAACCUUUCCCCUUCACAAGGAGAUCAAAGCAAAUCUGUUUUUAAAUGACAAAUUGUUAUUAAAAGUAUAAAUUGGGAGACAUUUGAUCUUCCCAUAUACUUUGUCCCUACAGUAUUUUUUCUGUAUCAGAAAAUCUUUUGAGUGUUUAAAGGGGUGGAUCAACUCAUUUCGAAUAAUGAUUGCUUAAUAUCGUAAGACUUUGUCUAUGAAUACAUAGUGGUUCUGUUACUUGGAGAAAGUACCAAAAUUUUGCUGCAACCCUCUAUUAAACAGUGUCACUGCUGCAGUUUUAGUUUUUUCACCCCUUUAUUAAAAAAUUCAAAUGUCCAUGAGUGAAAAUUAGGAUUUUAAUCUGUACUACACUGUAAACAUGUAUCAAUGGAAAUUCACAUUGAUAGAUAUUGUAUGACCUAGCAUGACACAAAUAAUCUUGAAACAUUUCUUUUCAACUCAAUGUCCCCAGAAUGAUAAACAUAGUAACAUUUAUAUCGAUAAAUAGAUUUUAUUUGAAUUAUAAAAUAUUAUAUUCAACUUUAGACUAUCAGCUAAAGACUUACCAUCCAAGCACAGUCAAUAAAAUUAAAAUGGAGCACACAGCCAUGCAAUCUCCAUAGACAAACAUGGGCAGUAGAAUGGCCCAUACUGAAGAGCUCAGUGACUUUCGACGUCGCACCGUCAGCAUGCCACCUUUCCAACAAGUCAGUUAGUCAAAUUUCUUCCCUGCUAAAGCUGCCCCAGUCAACUGUAAGUGCUGUUAUUGUGAGGUGGCAACGUCUAUGAGCAUCAAAAUGGUUAGUUAAGAUUGGUGUGGAAGAACUUGACUGGCCUGCAUAGAGCCCUGACCUCUACCCCUUCGAACACCUUUGGGUUGUAUUGGAAUGCCGACUGCGAGCCAGGCCUAAUCGCCCAACAUCAGUUUCCGACCUCACAAAUGUUCUUGUGGCUGAAUGGAAGCAAGUCCCUGCAGCAAUGUUCCAACAUCUAGUGGAAAGCAGCAUGUCCACUGUUUAGCUCUGCAAUGUGGAUGUGCGUCAUUCUGAUUGGUCAAGAGUCAAUAGCUAUUUCAAAUCCCCAUUCCUAUUUACAGCAAUGCAUUUCAUGCAUGACACAUUACCUUUGUGAGCCCCCAUGGGAGUGGAUUUUGACAAAGCGUGAGCAAAAUAGUCUGUGCAGUGUUUACGAGAUGCUGUUCACACUGCCUAGCAGUCUUGCGUCAGUGUAUGACCAAAACGGUUAUCAUGUAGAAUUUUCCUUUUUACACAUUUUAAAGGAGUAGUUCACUAUUUUACAACUUUAUGUUAGACGGUACCUCUCCCUGAAAGUAGUCUAUUGGCCGUAACAAAAAAAUGUAAUGGCCAACUUACCUUUUAAGUAACUUCAAACCAAAUAUGGAGUUGAUUUUAAUUGAUUUCAUUUUUUUUACAUGCUCACAUAGCCCAUCACUUUCAUUGAUUGUUAGCUUUUUAGUGGGUGUUUAUAGAACUGAACCAUGGAUUACAGUUUCUCAUGGCCAAUAGGCUACUUCCAGCGUGAGGAACCAUCUAACAUCCAAGUUGUAAAAUAUUGAACUACUCUUUUUAAGAUUAAUCGUCGUUAACUGUUUUUCUUUUGCUUUACUCACAUUGGUUCACUUCGAGGCCAAUAACUACAGAACCAGUUAAAACAAAGCAAGUUUGGAUUCAAGCUACUAUGUCACCUCUGGGAUAAAUACCCAUUGUACUAUACAAUACCUUUUCAAGUUUGUUGUAUAAUUGUAGUUUGAUCUCAGGUGGCCAUGGUCUUGUUUGUCACUUUUGUCCAAAGUUUCAUCUCUGUGUUCUUUGGAAAAAACCUGCACCGUUUUGAGGUUUAUUUUCUUUUAACCCUCAAUGACUGUACUUCAGUUGACACGGUCACCUGUGAGGUGAGAUUGAGAUUUACCAGUGUUCCCCAGUUGUCUUCAAACCUGUAUUAGGCUUUGUUAAAAUGAAAUAAAAAUGUUUAAGAAACUA